AUGAACCGCGACUGGGUCAACGAGGCGCAGGCAUCAUGGUCAUUAGAGCUUUUCAGCCAUCUGAGAAUUAUCGACGAUGUCCUCAAGCAAGCUAUCAACAUCCCUAUGGUCCGAAAAUACAAGAUGCCAGAAGGCGUCGACGUUCUCCAGGAAUUCUCCAUGUCGCCACUGAUGGAUCCAACACCCACGAAUCCUUUCCUCAAUCCCUUACUCCUCGGACAGGACAAACUCGAAACUAUUUUUCAUGCAGCGCUUGCGAAAUACGGAUGUGUCGUGGAAAAGGGAACGGAACUAAUAUCGUUCACCCAAUAUCCUGAACGAGUGGAGGUGGAGCUUAUAAAACGUGGGCCAAAGGGGGACCGGCUUGAGCCUGAGAAGGCGUCUUAUGAGUGGGUGAUUGGGACGGACGGUGCUAAGGGCGUGAUGAGGAAACAACUGGGGUUACGGUUCUUAGGCGAGACUAGAACGGUGGAGAAUUUCGUUGUUGGUGACAUAUGCGUGGAUGGCUUGAGUUCCAAGCACUGGCACAUGUGGGGUGAUGCUGCCGAUGUCUUGGUGAGCCUACGGCCUACCGAAACGCCCGGCCUCUUCAACUUCAUUAUCGCUGGAAAGUGUAUCAACCACUCGGAGAUCGCGUCCAGUGACGAAACUGUCCGCCAAUGCUUUAGAAGACACGUUGGUAACAGGACAGAACUCAAGUUCGGAAAGAUCCCUUGGAUGUCCUAUUACACCCCGAAUAUCCGUAUGGUGGAGUCAUUUGGGGUUGGCCGGGUGCUUAUUGCAGGGGAUGCUGGACAUGUUCAUAGCCCGACAGGAGGCCAGGGGAUGAACACGGGCAUUCAAGACUCGCUCAAUUUGGGGUGGAAGUUGGCCCUAGUCGCCAAGGGCUUCGCGAAACCCACGCUGCUGCGGUCCUACACCGAGGAGCGUAUCCCUGUAAUUGCGGAGAUGUUAGAUCAGACAACGAAACUUCUUAACAAGACCUUCAAGGAGAAGGACGAGUCACCGUGGACUCAAGGAGGUUCCUUGUUGCAGCUGGGCGUGAACUACAGGUGGAGUCCGAUUGUGCUAGACGAGAGGAAAGCGUUCGAGAUUCAGAAAGAGGCUGCUGAGGAUGCUCUUUUGGAAGACUUUGACUUCUACGAGGAAGAGGAGAAGAUGGAACCCUAUGGCAAUGACUAUGACGGUCGACUACGGGCAGGUGACAGAGCACCAGACUCAACAGGCCUCCUUCAAGCCGAUCGCUCAAAACUAUUCACCCGAAAAUCAUCCUCACUAUUCCAAAUAUUCAGCGUCUCCCACCAUACAGCCCUCAUCUUUGCCCACCUCGUCGAUCCCAAGCACGUUCUUCAAGAAUUGGCCCGGUAUCCGAAGGAACUCGUGAAGUCGGUGGUGAUCGUCAAGCCUCGCCAAUCAAUACCGUCUGGAUCCCAUUACGCCGACUACGUCCUCGAGGACCAUGACGGUCACGCUCAUGACGCAUACAUCACCGAAGUAUGCGGCCUAAUAAUGGUUCGCCCAGAUGGAAUCGUCGGUGGUAUCCUCCAAAACCACCAUUCACUACACCGAUACUUCAAGGGGCUGUUGGCUUCACCGUGA